AAGAAGAAGAGGAUGUUAUUGUUAGUUUCAGCGGUGGAUGAGAACAUGCAGUAGCCCCUUACACAUUUGGAUGUUAUAAAGUAAUGAGCUGAUUUAUCCUGUGUUCCAAGAUGGCGAAAAACAGAGAGUGCAUCCUCUGUGAAACAGUCCACUCCUCCAAGCAGGAGAUGGAUGAGCACAUGAGAAGUAUGCUGCACCACCGCGAGCUGGAGAAGCUCAAAGGCCGGGACUGCGGACACGAGUGCAGAGUGUGCAAGGUAACCGUGGCGAGCCUGACUGAUUAUGCCAGCCACAUCUCCAGCCCCACGCACAAGCAGAAUGCGGAGGCCGCAGAGCGAAAGCACGCUGGGAACGACCGCGACGAGGUCUACUUCGACCAGGCUUUGGUGGCGCUGAUCGAGAAGAGAAAAGAACAGAUCAGAAAAGAAAAGGACGCUGCUGCUGCAAAACUGGCAAAAGAAGAAGACGAUCGAAGGAGAAAGGAGGAGUUUCAGCAGAGGUUAAAAGAAACUAAGGAGCGUUACCGGCUGGAUUGUGCCUGGAAGCAGCAAUCACAGGGGUUCAGUGGAUCCAGUCACCACAGAACCUGGUAUGGGGGCAACCAAUAUAAUGCCUACGCAGGGGAGGGACAACCCUGGCAGCACGGCACACAGGGAAAGAGCGCCACCUGGCAUGCUCGGGAGCCUCCCAACUUUCAAAGAUGGGCAUCUGGAGAGUUUGCUGGUGGAAGCUUGCAUUGCCAGGAAGGGUUUGGCAACAAGCAGUGGGAUCAGGGUUCGUUUUUUGGCAAUCAACGAAGUCGACUGCCUUGGCUCAGCAACGGAGGCAGCAGUAACGGGGUCUAUGGUCGAAACAAUAUUUCCCAGAACCCACCAAGGAGCCGGCCCCUGAGCUUUCUCGCGCCGUGUCCUACGUACCCAUCUCCACCCAAUUCUUUAGCCCGGGGUAGCCAGUUUCAAAAUACAGGCAAUGAGCAGAGAGGUCCGCAGGGUGAUGGGUUUCAGAACGGUCAGGGGCAAACAGCAGAACCCGACCACAACAACAGUAAGAGCUCUAAGACCAUUGGUAGCAAUCCAAAGCUGGACAAAGCCUGCCGCUGGUCACCCUAUCCAGUCACAAAGGGUUUUGAAUCUGCACCACAUAAGGACACCAAUCCAAAUCCAUCAGAGCAGUACGCCAAAGUCCCCAAACCCCAGACACAAGACAAGGCCCGUGAAACCAGUGCCUUUAACAGACAAUCCCGACCUGAGCAGAAACCGGGGCAGUUGACCUCAAGUGGACAAAGUGUGGGAGAGAAAGGAAAGCAGAAAACGAACCCCCAAACCAAAUCCAGAGAUAGUAGUUCCAGCAGCAGUAGAAGCAGCAGUAGUGCUCAGAGAGAUGGCCCCCAGAGCGCCACAUCUGUUCCUUCCAAUCAGAAGGCAAAAAAGCCAUUGCCGCAAAAAGAUAAGAAGAUGUCCUCCCUUCCUGGUCUCAACAGUGGAGCACAACUCAGCAAGGCCUCCAGUCAAGCGCUCGCACAAUCACAAACCGUCAAGCAGAGCGGACUCAGUUCUCAGACUCCACCCAUUGGGCCCCUUCAGUCCAGGCAAGAACGGCAGCUCCCAGAAACCCUCAAGAAAGCCCGACAGAUUGUGUUAGAAAAUAGGAGCUCCUUGGAAAGCUCCAGAAACUACAGGAUGGAAGUGACACUCCACAUUGAGGAGGAGCAGCAGAGAGAUCGCGUACAGAGUCAGAUAGGAGUGAACAAAGAAAACAGGCAGAAAGCAGCUAAACCAAAUCUGCCGGACCCCGUCAGGCUAGAGAAGCCUGCAUUGCAAUCUUCAGACAGCAGCCGGUUCCUCCAAUCAUUGCAAGUUAGCACCUCUACCACGGAGAGCUCAGAGCCCGCAACCUCGAGCCAGGACGACGAGGAGAACAGGAGAGAGAGAGCGGAGAAGGAAACACGCCCUGUGGCCCCAGACGAAGCCAUGCAGGCCGCUGACGCCGGGCAGAGCUCAGAGAGUGACACCUCCAGGAGUGGCGAGGCUCAGACGGAGUCGGGUUCAAACACGUCAGGUCCGUCCAAACUCGACCUGCCUCCCGUCUUGAAACAUGACCUGACCAAACACAUCAGCUCCAAGAGCAAAACCGGUGGCCACGAGCCCAACCUGAACAUUGCCAGACGGGUGAGAAACCUGAGCGAGUCGCGGAGAAGUGACACGGAGAAGGACUCGGGGCUCAAACCAACUGUACGGCAGCUCCUCAGCUCCUCUGGGUCUCGACGCAAUGUGAACUGGGACCAGGUGUAUCAGGAGGUCAGGAAGAAGCAAGACAAAGGGAAAGGCAUGCCAAGGUUUGGCAUAGAGAUGGUGUCGAUCGACCAGGAGGACCAGAGCCAGGAGGAAGAAGGCAUUCCCCUGCUGGAGGGUUUCCAGUGGGAGUCGUUGGUGGACAUCCCCACCACCCGAAGACGCUCCUUAUCAGAGAGCAGCGUCGCCCCGGCCUCCACUCACUCCCUGUUUACAUCCCUCGUGUCAAAGGAGACGGAACAAAGAGAAGCCCUCAGCUCAGAGGAGCAGGGAUCCUCCGUUUCUCCCAAUCCCAUAUUCGCUCAAGGGAACAAAGACCAUCAGCAAGAGGUGGAGCAGAUGCUUGACCAGUUAGAGGCUAAAGAGGCACCGAAGCAGCCAGACAAGCUAACGUCUGCGACGGUGAAGGCCCUCCAGCGGUCUGAUUCAGUGCUCGGGGACAGCAGUUCGGGGACGGAGCUGUACGACGGCCAGGGAACAGGAAAGAGGCGGAGAGCAGCUCGGGACGUCCUAAGUGCGGAGACGUCUUGCUUGGAACACAACAACAAAAGAAGGAAAGUCAAAUCCAAAAAAGAGCGUUUACAGAUCGACCGGCUGCUGGCCGUGUCUCUGCGGGAGGAGGAGCUGAGUCGCUCCCUGCAGACUGUGGACGGCAGUCUGAUCCAGGCCCGGGCCGCACUGGAUGCCGCCUACAUGGAGGUGCAGCGCCUCAUGGUGGUUAAACAGCAGGUGACUGGAGAGAUGAGCACACUGAGAAACAAGCGCAUUGAGUUACUUAGAGGGAUGCAAGGUAAUUUGGAGGAAGCCCCUCAUGUCAAACUGAAAGAAGAAAAGAUGGAUUCAGUAGACGCUGAGCCCCGUGUGCCGUCCUCCAUGCUGCCUCCCUCUGUCGCGGCUGCUGCCCCCAGUCCAGGUCCUCCCGCCUCCCCGCCCUCCUCCAGCCUUCCCUUCGUGCCUGUAGUUAUCAAGCAGGAGCCUCAGUCUCCUGUCUAUGUCAGCUCAGAGUCGGACCCAGUGGACAAUAUAACCCACUGUACUCACAGCACCACUCCAGAGCUGCAUGCCGCUCCUGCUGCAGCCUCUUCACCAGAUCCGGCCCUUAAUUCUCAGCCAUCUCCUGAAACAAAACAGUCCCCAGACCAUAGUUGGGAGAACUUCAACGACCCUGCAGACUGCAAAGAGAGCUUAUCGGGUCUGGUUGAGACAAUGGAAAAGGCCAAACAGGCAUCGAGGAACUGUCUCGCCCCAUUGCCCGACUCCAAAAUCCCAGCCAGCAGGAGGAGCUCUGAGGCGGGGAGCGGUGUUGACUGUGCAGCCACACAUUCCUUCGAGCCCCCCCCUGACUUCAAUCUGCCCGCCUCUCCGUCCGAACUGAGGAGCGGAAAGCGUGUAAGGAAGCUGAAGAAGAGGAAGGUGCUGAAGAAGGCCCAAGGGACGGAGCAGCCCGAGAGCAGCGACACGGAGAUAGAUGGCGACGCCUUGAGGCAGCGGUGGCUUCGACCGCGCAGGAGACCAAGUGGGAGCUCUGUGGUCAGCACCUCCACGCCGCCCUCGGAAGACAGAGAGGGUGACGUGAACAUGGAGUUGGGCGAGGAGGCCUCCAGGCGGCUGUUUCCGACCAUCCAACUUGAGAAAGAAGACCUCAAGUCCCCCGAACACAUGGUGGAGCUUCCCCAGGCGGCCCCCGCCGAAUGUAUGGUGAACUUGGAUUCAGAAGAAAGCAUGGAGGUCACCCCAGCCUGUCAGCAGCCCCACGUGGACGUCCCGGUUCCAGCUUCCCCUCCGCUUCAGGUCCCGGACUCAUCCAGAGCAGAGACGCAGAGCCUGGCCUGCAACGAGGUCACCUCCACCAGUGACAUGGACGUGUGUCGAUCCGAGAGCGACCUGCCGUUUCCCACCACGUCGCCCAAGAUAGCGAAGAUCUCAUCGGAUGCCUCCUCUGACCACGGUGAGGAGGAUUUGCCCACUGAGGGUGUGUUCGAGGGCCACCAGGAGGCGGUGACCGCCAUGCAGAUCUACAACGGGGUGUUGUACACGUGCUCAGGAGACCGCACCGUCAAAGCCUUCGACCUGGUGAGUCAUAAAUGUGUCGGCGUGUUUGAGGGUCACAGCUCCAAAGUGAGCUGCCUGGUGGUGUCCGCGGCUCCCAGUCUGCAUCAACGCCUUUAUUCUGGUUCCAGUGACCAGAGCAUCUGCUGCUACAAUCUCAAGACACGAGAACUCGAGCAGCAGUUCUCUCUGUCGGACCGAGUCCUCUGCCUCCACAGUCGAUGGAAGAUGCUGUACGCUGGUCUGGCGAACGGCACGGUGGUGACCUUUAACCUCAAGACAAACAAGCAGAUGGACGUGUUCGACUGCCACGGGCCGCGAGCCGCGAGCUGUCUGGCCUCGUCGCAGGAGGGAGCCUGCCGGAUCCUGCUGGUCGGCUCCUUCGACAGCACCAUCAGCGUGAGGGACGCCAAGAGCGGCCUGCUGCUGCGCACGCUGGAGGGCCACACCAAGCCCGUGCUCUGCAUGAAGGUGGUCAACGACCUGGUAUUUAGCGGCUCCAGUGAUCAAUGUGUCUACGCACACAACAUCCAUACGGGGAAGCUGGUGCGGGUCUACAAGGGCCACAGUCAUGCUGUUACAGUCGUAUCCGUCCUGGGAAAGGUGAUGGUGACCGCUUGUCUGGACAAACUGGUGCGCGUCUACGAUCUCCAGUCUCACAACCAGCUGCAGAUCUAUGGUGGACACAAGGACAUGGUGAUGUGUAUGGCCAUCCACAAGAACAUGAUCUACACCGGUUGUUAUGACGGCAGCGUGCAGGCCGUCAAGCUGAACCUGAUGCAGAACUACCGCUGCUGGUGGCACGGCUGUUCGCUGGUGUUCGGGCUGAUGGAGCAUCUGCAGCAGCACCUGGUCAACGACCACACCGGCGCCAACUCCCAGGUGCACAAAUGUCGCUGGAAAAAGUGUGACGAGUUUAUCUGCGCACGCAACAGCCUCAAGCAGGGGAUGCUGGUGCACAUGCAGAAACAUGCUGAGGAGACUGAACUGGAGGCUUAAGGGUUAGGGUUUCUCCUCCUCUGCUAUCUUUAACCUCCCAUAUUGGGGGGGGGGAUGUUUUUGGGACCCACUUGACUUCGCAGCGCUCCUGUUUGAGCCCGACGAGUGGCGUCCGACGACUCCAUCCUUUAUGUUCGACGUUGGAAUCCAACCAUAAUACAAUGAUGACAGGAGGCUUGGUUGUGCUGCUGUUUGUUUUUUUACGUUCUACAAAAACAGGCCUUCCUCUCUCUCUCUGUCUGACCAUUGCAGUUCCUCUUUUCACCGACCAAAGUAAGACAAAGGAACACGUGACUUUUUGAUUAUUGAAGAAACUUCAGCGUUGCCGGUAUCUGAGGGAUUUGUUCUGCUUUUCUGUAGAAACUGCAACAGAAAGCCAUAACCGUCCUCCAGGCUGGUUACACUAUGGCAUGGGCUCCCAGAUGUUUUUAUUGUUGUAGUGCAGUUGUGAUGUGUCAUGUGGAGCAACCUAUUAAGUUAUUAUUCACUCAAAUUAACCUUCUGUUAAUGACAAUGAGUACAUUUAAGUUUUCCCAGAUGGUGUUAGAGUUCAGUGUGAUUGUUUGUGUUGAAGGAGUUUCAUUGAUGCGACACAAAUUCAUUUAUUUCUGGUUUUUAUUUUGUUCUCAGAAAACAAAUUUUAACAAACUUUUUCUUUUUGUUGCUCAGUGAUAUUAAGGCGUUGAGGGACUUGGCCUGAAGAUGCCUUUUAGAGAAUUGACAUUUGCAGUGAUAACAGAGGCGUGGUGAUUGUGUGUGUGUGUGUGUGUGUGUGUGUGUGUGUGUGUGUGUGUGCGUGCGUGCGUGGGUGUAUUCGUCCUAAAUAUCGACAGUGGUUUAAUCCUGUUUGGCGAACCCUGUUUUUCACGAGUGAGUGUGACGCACUGUUUUUAUUCCUUCUCGGAGAUGUUUUUUUGGGGCAGUUUAUUUUAUAAUUGGAGCAUCGAGCAGAAGGAAGCAGAGCUGUAUUUUCCACAGUGAAGAUAGUUUUCUAAUGAAGUGUGGAGGUGAAGGAUGUUUCGCGGAGGUGUAGAUGGGAGGAGCUUGAAGGGAAGAAUUAGGAUUCAUCUCCCAUGCCAUACUUCACCCCCUAAAAACAGACAAGUUGGUAACACAAAGCCACAUUUGAAAAGGCAGAUUCGACCAGUUUGGUGUGAUUACAGCUCUCUCGGGUGUUAAGCUGACGUUUCUCACAGCCGCCAUCUUCCAAACUCACUUCAUCCGCUCGUUAUUUAUGUCUGAGAAAAGCGUGCAGUUCAUCUCUUACCUGGCAUUCCUGAGUUUCUUCAAGUUUUUUCAAGUUGUUAUUAAACAUGUGAAGAGAUAUUUUUUAAGAAAGUGCAAUCUUAGACAUUGUUAACAAUAACAAUAAAAUAAAAAUGGUGCAACAUCAUAAAACAA